AAAAAUCUGAAAGACAAUUUUUUUUAUUUGUUUUAAUAUUCAUAUAAUAAUACAUAAUGGCUAAAGAACAAAAGAAGGAAAAGAAAGAAAAGAAGGUCAAGAUCGAAUCUACUGAAAAUGAAGAAGAAGUUCCUCGUUAUUUAUCCCCCAUUGCUCAGCCUUUAGCUGAAAAGAAGCUCACCAAGAAGAUUUAUAAGACCGUUAAGAAAGCCAGUAAAGCUAAGCACGUUCGUCGUGGUGUUAAAGAAGUUGGUAAAGCUCUUCGUAAAGGAGAAAAGGGUCUUGUUGUAAUUGCUGGUGACAUUUCUCCUGUUGAUGUCAUUUCACACAUGCCUGUUCUCUGUGAAGAUCACAAUGUUCCCUAUAUCUUUGUUCCUUCUAAAGAGCAAUUAGGUGAGGCUAGUGCUACUAAGCGUCCCACUUCUGUCACAAUGAUCGUUUAUGGCGGUAAAAAUAAGGAUGUUAAGUCUGCCGCUGAUUAUAAGGAAUUAUAUGAUGAAUGUUUUGCUCAAGCUAAAAACUUGAAUGAAAAGCUUGUUUAUUAAUUUUAUAUAUGAUUUUUUUUAUCUUUCUUAUUCACAUAUUGUAUUAAAUCCUUUUACCUUUUUUUUUUGAAUUCCAGAGUUAUGUAUCCAGUAUAGAACGGAAAAAUAGCCAAUAAACUAAGGAAUAAUUAAUGAAACAAAAUAAAAAGAAGAUAUCAGCAACUAGCAGCGAUAUGCAUACUGAUGAAACAAAGUUUAUAAUCAGAAAAAGAUAAUUUUGGUCAAACAUAAAUGCAUUAUGUAACAGCAUUCCUGAAAAGUAAUAUGGCAGGAUUAAGAAAAUUAAUGCUUUACUUUUUUUUUUUUGUUUUGUUUUUUAUUAAUGUUAUCUUGUGCUUAAAGAUGGA